AUGACCAAGGUGUAUGACAAGUCCGACAUGAGCAAGACAACUUUGCUCGAAGAAUUGACCAUUCCAUUGACUGAUCCAGUGGAAGGGAUUGCAAAGAUGUUGACUUCUGCAACAGCCAGUGCAAUAGAGUGGCUCCACAAGACAAUCUUGACAUUUGUAGACCCCAUCCUGGUCGCAGAUGACACAUCUCCUAUCUUCUGGUGGAGCUUCUGGAUCCAGGAGACACGUCUUUUUGUGCUUGCAAGUGGGACCUUGACCCAAAUUUUCCUACCUCUGCCGCCCCUUGCUUCUACCCUGUGGGAUUUUUUGCAAUGGGGUGCAUCUGUCAUAUCCCGUAUUCCGGACCCACGUCCGAUGAUGUUCCAACGCCUUCCAGAUGCACAUCUGGACCUCCAUACCCUUAUCCAUGACUCCAUACCCUUAUCCGUGCCUUCAGUCCUCCAGUCCACUAUCGGUUUGGAUCCGUACACCUUCGUACAUCCAUAUAUCCAUACCUUUGGACCUCCGCAGCUAAGCCUGCUUCAUCCACCCUUGGUCCUAUCGGAUCCGAGCUCAUUCCAUCUUGGACUCUACCUUCCCUAG